CAAAGUUUUAUGUGAAUACUGUCAGCUACCUUCUCCAGCUUGCUCCUGUUUGUGUAAAGGGUCUUUUCAUAUGCAAAAGAAUGGGGAGGGUCUUAUUGCUUUCCAGCUGCCUUUUCAACAAAGCUAAACUGAGAGCUUCUAAGGAUGCUGCUAUGGGUCUGCACAAUCCUUUCAGAUACACCACCGUUAAGAUGAAGUUGUCAACCUUUAUUCUGUUCUCUUUUUGUUUCUAUUCCUGCUUCAGCGACCAAGCUAAAGAUUAUCCUUUGACUGUAGUAGAAGAGGCUGAAAUUGAGAGUCAUAAUGAAGCAAUUGUAGAAGAUGAUGAUUAUAAAGAAGAUCAGGAAAUAUUUUAUCCUACUCGAGAAUGGCAAGUUGUAAAACCAGGCCAAGCUGUUCCUGCAGGAUUACACAUCCGCUUAAAUCUUCAAACAGGACAAAAUGAAGCCAAACUAUUGGAUGAAAAUGAUGAUCUGAAGAGCCAGGAAAGUACACACAGAAAAUCAGAUGGAUACACAACAAAAGAACUUAAAGAAGCUUUAGCUAAAUUCAAAGAAGGAACAGAGUCUCAAGAUCCCAAGAAUGAAAAGGCUUAUAUUGAAGAUGUGAAAAAAAAGUUUCGUCCUAUAGAAGAACUGAAGAAAUCUUUCAGUGAACUUAACAUACGUGUUGAGACUGAUUUUGAGAUAAUGACCAGAAUAAUCAACACAUUCAACAACUCAAUUUCUACCACAGAUGAAAAAGUACAUGCUCUCUAUGAUCUAGAAUAUUACGUCCAUCAGGUGGAUAAUGCUCAAAAUUUGUUCAAAUCAGGAGGUCUUCAGCUUCUUAUUAAUAGCUUAAAUAGUACCGAACCUGUAUUAAUAGAACACUCUGCGUUUGUUAUUGGAUCUGCACUAGCCAGUAAUCCCAAGGUUCAAGUGGCAGCUUUUGAGGGUGGAGCACUUCAGAAACUUUUAGUUGUUUUAGCUAUGGACAAUGAGCCAUCAGUGAAAAAGAAGGCUCUUUUCGCUUUAUCUGCAUUGCUUCGUCAAUUCCCGUAUGCACAACAGCAGUUCCUAAAGCUGGGUGGACUUCAGAUACUGAAAAAUGUAUUCAAAGGGAAAAAUGCAGAAAUGUUGUAUGUCCGGGUGAUUACUCUCAUGUAUGACAUGAUUAUGGAAAAGAUGCUUAAUAAAGAAAGUAAUAUUACCCAGAAAAAUGAAAGAAUCCAACAAUAUGAGCAAAUAAAUAUCUUACCAGCUAUAACUGAGCAGGGCUGGUGCACAAUGAUUUCAAAUCUUCUUAACUUGUCGGAAAAUGAUGCACGAGAAAAGGUCCUGAAGAUCGUGUCCAUAUUGAUCACUCCUUGCAGGAAUGAAUUCCUCAAGGAUCAGAAUCUGCACACAGCUCUGGAUUCACUCAAGAAAGAGUAUGAAGACUUGGCCUCAGAAGAACAAAGUGCUGGUGAAAAAGACGGUUACUUCAAUGAACUUCAUAAUUUAAUUAUCAAUAUUGUUGAUAAGCUGAAAUAAAUAUCAUAAUAUGG